AUGCAACUCCUUGAUAUUACAGAUCAUAAAUGCUCUGUUGGCGAGGAUGCAAUAUGCGAGGCCAUGAUUCUGGGCUUUCCUGUGGAAUUUCUCCUUAAACUCGUGAAGAGCUUAGCACGUGCCGUUUUUGGAGCACGGGCCCUUGGUAUGCAGUUAUCGCAUGAUUCCGAUGAAGUAAAAAGCCGCUGCAAAUGCCUUGAAUAUUAA